AUGAGGGAGUCUCUCUUUGAUCCUAGAAUCUACAGAAGAAUUAUGGGCAAGCUCAAUUUCUUAUGGCAUACAAGACCUGAUAUUGCAUACUCAGUCCAACACCUUAGUCAGUUUCUUCAAGCUCCUCAAGUUUCUCACAUGUUGGCUGUUAUAUAUUUCUUGAGGUAUCUGAUGAAUGCUCCCGAUUUAGCUAUUUUCCUUCCUAAGUCUACUGAUCUUUCUCUUUUAACUUACUCUGAUUCUGACCGGGCUACUUAUGCCCACACUCGAAGGUUUGUUACUAGGUAUUACAUAACAUUAGGGGGUUGUCCCAUCUCUUGGAAGAACAAGAAACAACCUACCAUAUCUCUCUCAUCUGCUAAGGCAAAGUAUAGAGCUCUAUGGAAAGUAGUUGCUGAGAUCUCAUGGCUUGUUCAACUACUGGCUGAUCUUGAGUUGGUUAUUUUCAGCCCUGUUCCUCUGUAUUAUGAUAGCCAAGCUACCUUGCAUGUAGCCAAGAACCUAGUUUUUCAUGGGCGUACUAAACACAUUGAAGUUGAUUGCCGCUAUGUUCGGGAUAGCUUAUAA